UGUACCAUAAGCCUGAACCAGUACUCUAAUAAGCCAUGGCCACCACUACCAUCAUUGACGCCCAAUACUAUGUUUUUCUCUUCCUCCUCUGCCUCUCCUCAACACUUCUCCUUCAAUUCUUCUUCAAGAAAUCUAAACCCGCCGGAGCCACCCAUCUCCGCCCCCUGCCAAGCCCACCUGCUCUUCCGCUUGUCGGUCACAUCCACCUUCUCACCAAAUACGUCCAUAUUUGUUUCCAAAAACUUGCCCUAAAGUAUGGCCCGUUGCUAUUCCUACGCUUCGGCUCUUUCAAAUUCCUCCUCAUCUCAUCCGCCUCCGUGGUGACCGAGGUGUUCAAGUCCAACGAUGUGGCUUUUGCAUCAAAACCCAUGUCGGUCUUCGAGGACCGGUUAAUAUUUGCCAACAUAGGGUUUAUUUUUUCUCCAUAUGGGGAAUAUUGGAGGUAUAUGAAGAAAAUGACUGUGACUGAACUUCUCGGAUCCAAACAGCUCCAGAGGUCUCACAACGUUAGAAGAGAGGAGCUACACCGAUACUUAAAGAAAGUAUUAGAAAAAGCACAGGAAAGCGAGGUUUUUAGUUUGGGGACGGAGUUGAUGAAGCUGACGAAUAAUACUAUAUGUAGGAUGGCUUUGAGCACAAGGUGUUCUGAGGAAGAUAAUGAGGCUGAGAAGAUUAAGGAGCUCAUCGAUGGGUCGUUGGAGUUGGGGAUGAAGUUGGCGAUGGUAAACAUGGCAGGGCCUUUGAAGAAACUUGGUGUUUGGAUGUAUGGAAAAGAGGAUAGAGAGAUUAAUAGGAAGUGUGAUGAGUUGUUGGAGAGGAUUUGGAAGGAGCAUGAAGAGAGAGCAAAGAGAGAUGGUGGUGUUGACAGGGAAGAUAAAGAUUUGAUGGAUAUUCUAUUGGAAGCCUAUCAUGAUGAGAAAGCUGAGUUCAAGAUCAACAAGAACCAGAUCAAAGCCUUCAUUUUGGAUCUCUUCCUUGCAGGAACAAGUACAUCUACAGAUUCAAUGGAAUGGGUAAUGGCAAAUCUAAUCAAUCACCCAGAAGUCAUGAAGAAAGCAAGAGAAGAGAUAGAUUCAGUUGUUGGAAACAAAAGACUUGUUGAAGAAACAGAUCUUCCAAAUCUUCCAUACUUACAAGCUGUUGUGAAGGAAACACUAAGACUAUACCCACCAGGGCCUCUAUUACCAAGAAGAACGCAUGAAGCUUGUGAACUCAGAGGCUUUGACAUACCAAGAGACAUUAUGGUAGUUUUCAAUUUCUAUGCCAUAAUGAGAGACCCUGAAGCUUGGGAAAAUCCAAAUGAAUUCAUCCCUGAAAGGUUCUUGUCUUCAAAUAAAGAAAAGGCGCAUCAAAACUUCAAUUUCGUGGCGUUUGGUGCUGGAAGGAGAAUGUGUCCUGGUGCAACCCUAGCACUUACCUUGAUGAACACUACUGUUGCAUCAAUGGUUCAAUGCUUUGAUUGGAAGGUUGGCAAAGAUGGAGAUAGAGUGAAUAUGGAACCGCAAGCCGGCUUGCAUUUGAAGCUCGCCGAGCCUCUUCAGUGCCGUCCAAUUCUCCGAUUCCAUCCCUUUUCUUGCUAAACAAGACGUUAAUUACUGUUUGUCUUUCUUUCUUCUUCUUCUUUUUUUUAAUCUCUUUCAUAUCAUGUACUUAACUAAAUUUACGUCUUCAAUUUCCACUUGAAGUCCUAGUCUCUAUACUUGGGGAUGGUUGGAGAUGAGUUGUGUUUUGUUAUUGUAUCAUGCUUCUGUGUAUGUAUGUUAAAUUAAUAAAAGAAUUGGUGUUUUAAAUUUCAA